CGCAGUGUCAACACAGCUCGGACCAGAGAAUUUAAGGUUGCAGACAGAGGAAUGAUAAAGGAGGUAGAUGAGCAUCCAUUCAGCUUUCUAGAAGGGUUCUUAUCACCCUCACGGCCUUGCGAAGUCCGUUUAUUCCACUUUUGCCCUGGCUAGAGGCCGAGGACAACGGGGUACCAGGGGCAGCUUGGAGCAUCCAGCGCCGCCCCGAGCGCUCCGCGGAGUGAGCGCCACCUCCAGAGCCCCGCGGCCCCGCCCCCGCGCGCCCCCCAGCGGCGCCCAGCGGGCCUCGUCACUCGUCACUCGUCACUCCGGGUAUUUAACCCUCUGACUGUUUGGCUCGGCGGAGCUUGCAGGCAUUUCCCACUUUGCCAGUCUUGCACCUCGCUGUCCCUUCUACCUCCCGCGCCCCUCCUCUCUCUCUACUCUUCCCUCCUCCCGGGGCUCUCCCCCGCACUCUCUCUUGCACCCCAGCCAGGAGGCUGCACGUCCAAGCGCGGCUUCCGCGGGGUGCGCUGAAGCCUCUCCGAGAACGUAGUGGCCGCAGGUUGGGUGGGUGCGGCCGCAGGAGUUUUCUGUGCGAGCGCCGCCCUCGAGGAGGUCCGAUCAGCAUGGCCCCGAGAAGCGUCUUUCCAGCCGCGGCGCUCGCGCUCUGCAGCAUCUUCCAGUGCCUGCCGGUGCUGCGCGCAGAGGUCGGGCAGCCCAGCGAGGAGAGCCUGUACCUGUGGAUCGACGCUCACCAGGCCAGAGUGCUUAUAGGAUUCGAAGAAGAUAUCCUGAUAGUUUCAGAGGGGAAAAUGGCCCCUUUCACACAUGAUUUCAGAAAAGCACAACAGAGAAUGCCAGCCAUCCCUGUCAAUAUCCAUUCUAUGAAUUUUACCUGGCAAGCUGCAGGACAGGCAGACUACUUCUAUGAAUUCCUGUCCUUGCGGUCCCUGGAUAAAGGCAUCAUGGCAGAUCCAACUGUUAAUGUCCCUCUGCUGGGAACAGUGCCUCAUAAGGCAUCUGUUGUUCAAGUUGGCUUCCCAUGUCUUGGAAAACAAGAUGGAGUAGCAGCAUUUGAAGUGAAUGUAAUUGUAAUGAACACAAAAGGGAACACUAUCCUGCAGACUCCUCAAAAUGCUAUCUUCUUUAAGACAUGUCAGCAAGCUGAAUGCCCAGGAGGGUGUCGAAAUGGAGGCUUUUGUAAUGAAAGGCGUGUCUGUGAGUGUCCAGAUGGAUUCUAUGGCCCUCACUGUGAGAAAGCUCUUUGCACACCCCGGUGUAUGAAUGGCGGGCUUUGUGUCACUCCUGGAUUCUGCAUUUGCCCACCUGGGUUCUAUGGAGUCAACUGUGAUAAAGUAAACUGCUCAACCACCUGCUUUAAUGGAGGGACUUGUUUCUACCCUGGAAAGUGUAUUUGCCCUCCUGGACUAGAGGGAGAACAGUGUGAAAUAAGCAAAUGUCCACAGCCCUGUAGAAACGGAGGUAAAUGCAUUGGGAAAAGCAAGUGCAAGUGUUCCAAAGGUUACCAAGGAGACCUCUGUUCAAAGCCUGUCUGUGAGCCUGGCUGUGGUGCACAUGGAACCUGCCAUGAGCCCAACAAAUGCCAAUGUCAAGAAGGCUGGCAUGGAAGACACUGCAAUAAAAGAUAUGGAGCCGGCCUUAUGCAUGCCCUGCGGCCAGCAGGCGCCCGGCUCAGGCUGCACACGCCUGCACUUAAAAAGGCCGAGGAGCUGCAGGAGCCACCUGAAUCCAAUUACGUCUGGUGAACUCCGACAUCUGCAACGUUUUAAGUUACACCAAGUUCAUAGCCUUUGUUAACCUUUCAUGUGUUGAAUGUUCAAAUAAUGUUCAUUACAGUUAAGAAUACUGGCCUGAAUUUUAUUAGCUUCAUUAUAAAUCACUAAGCUGAUAUUUACUUUUCCUUUUAAGUUUUUUUAAGUUCGUCUGUAGCGUGAUGGUAUGGAUUUUCUUGUUUCAGUGCUUUGGGACAGACUUUUAUAUUAUGUCAGUCGGUCAGGUUAAAAUCCUGUCUUUUCAAUAUGUAGCUGGUAGAGAAUUUCCAAAAUUACAGUCUUGAGGGGCUGAGGGAACAUUGGAGAAGGUGAAAUGGAACAUAAAUGUAUAAAUCACAGGAAUUUGGAUGAAGCAGUUAAUCGUGCUGAAGCUACAGCAGUUCAAGUUUUAUUGUUAUGUAUUUAGACAUUUGUCACAUCUUAAUUGCCCUUAUCUUAAAACUCUCAAUGUAUAUUGAUUCCAGAGAUUUCACUAUUAAAAAGAAAGAAGAAAGAAGGAACACUGUUGUAGUGGUGUUUAAACAAUAUAAUAUAUUGUAAACACAAUAAAAUAGGGAGUAUAAUGUAUGAACUUUUUGCAUUGGCUUGAAGCAAUAUAAUAUAUUGUAAACAAAACACAGCUCUUACAUAAUAAACAUUUUAUACUAUUUGUAUGUAUAAAAUAAAGGUGCUGCUUUAGUUUUC